AGGAGUGGGGUGCAGACGGCGUGGGUGGGGGUGCGUGUAGCGAACCUGGGCUGAUCUGGCUGCGGCCACCGGGGCACAGCUCCUGGCCGGGGAUCUGCACCGAAGCCGCAGAGAUCAGGUCCCUCUGCAGCCGCGGAAGGGUUAAACGCCCCUCCCCCUCCCCCGGGACAAAGGCACCGAAACCCGGGCGCCCCUCCCCCACCUGCUCUGCUCCCUGGGGCGGGGCUCCCCUCCCCCUCCCCCUCACCUACCGGAACCGACCCUGCUGCUCCCGCCGCCAUUAAACCCUCCCCGCAGAGCGCCUCCCGGGCUCGGACCUGGCGACCCUUCCUCGGGCAGGACUCAGGAGGGAACUAGGGGUCGAGAGCGGGAGUGGGCGCCCUCGGACCAAGCCGAGUCCGCAGUGUGCGGAAAGAGAAGGGGUCGAGGGCAGAGGUGGGGUCUCGGAGGGGAGAGAUGCCGGGUGCCUGGGCCGGCGUGGCCCCUGCGCUAACCGGGCCAGAGGCCUGGAGGACUGACAGCGGGUUUGGGAAGAGCGCGGCCAGGUUUUGAGCCUGAAACUCAUGGCUAGCACCAACCCACCAUCUGUGUGCCCUAAGGAAACGCCUGGAAAUUGCUGUCUGAUAAAAUGUAGGAAAAGUGGCUGGGGCCAUGGACUUGCAUUGGUAUGGGCUUUGUGUCUCAUGUGCCCUCGAGACAGCCAGGACUGGGUUGCUUACUUUUUCGCUCUUCUCCUCUCAGCCUCAACCUCGCCAUGGCUUCCGCUGGCCUGCAAAUCCUGGGGAUCAUCCUGACGCUGCUCGGCUGGGUGAACGCCCUGGUGUCCUGUGCCCUGCCCCUGUGGAAGGUGACCGCCUUCAUCGGCAACAGCAUCGUGGUGGCCCAGGUGGUGUGGGAGGGGCUGUGGAUGUCCUGCGUGGUGCAGAGCACGGGCCAGAUGCAGUGCAAGGUGUAUGACUCCCUGCUGGCGCUGCCCCAGGACCUGCAGGCCGCCCGCGCCCUCUGCGUCGUCGCCCUCCUGUUGGCUCUGCUCGGGCUGCUGGUCUACCUCGCGGGAGCCAAGUGUACCACCUGCGUGGAGGACAAGGACUCCAAGGCCCGUCUGGUGCUUGUCUCUGGGAUCAUCUUUGUCAUCUCGGGUGUCCUGACCCUUAUCCCUGUCUGCUGGACCGCCCACACCAUCAUCCGGGACUUCUACAACCCUUUGGUGGCCGAGGCCCAAAAGCGGGAGCUGGGGGCCUCCCUCUACCUGGGCUGGGCAGCCUCUGGUCUUUUAUUGCUGGGAGGGGGGCUGCUGUGCUGCACAUGCCCCUCGGGGGGGGCCCGGGGCUCAAACCAUUACAUGGCCCGAUACUCCGCCUCUGCCGCACAUGGCACCUCUCAGGGUCCCUCCGAAUACCCCGCUAAGAAUUAUGUCUAAUUCCGGUAGGGGAGCGGGGACUCCCUUGACAGCGGAGUCUAACUUCCUGAGCCGGAGACGUGGAGAUGGUGAUCCAGACAGCUUUGGGUGGUUUUUUAUCUUUUUUGUGGGGGAGGAGCGGGGGGAGUGGUAUUUUUAAAACUCAGUUGGUAACCCGACCAAGAAACUCAGCAUCUCUCUUGGGCUCUGCUGCUGGUGCGUCUCCCCUUUGGAUGAUGGAGCCAAGGAGGUGAUGCUUCACAGUUUCUGGAUCUUUCUCCACCCCGGACAUCCCCAUCUCGGAGGCCAACCCACAGCCGCGGGCCAGCGUGAAGGCUGCCUGCUGUUCAGAUGCUUGCAGCCUGUCCCCAAGAGUCCCUCCUUAGUGGUGGGUCCUCUGAACCCCCAGGGGCUCCUGAGCCUCAGGUAGCCCGCCCUUAGAAGAGCGGGCGGUUUAAGUUACCAAAGAACCAUCCACCUCCCAAGUGUUCCGACCUCUGGCUCCUCUACCCUGAGUCCUGCCCCAGCUGUGCCCUAGACCACCUCCCCCGCCCCCCUCUGGCUCACCUUCAGCCCCUGCACGCUUCUGUCACGCCCCCCCCGCCCCCCACAGUUUUUGUUAAAUAAAGCUCGUCUUAUUUUGUC